AUGCCAUUGGCGACAACACUCGUCCUCCAAGUCUUAUUCGGUGUGUCGAUAGCAUUAAGCCUGUUUGGUAACACACUGGUUAUCGCAGUUGUCUCGUGUCACCGCAGAUUGCAGACUUCUAUGAACUGCUUGUUAGCCAAUCUCGCCAUUGCUGAUUUUUUCGUUGGUUUAUUCUCUUUUCCAAGGACAUUUCACGCUGGUCUUUAUACACAUCCCAGUGGAUUGGCUGGAGAUAUCUUGUGCAAGACAUUAACUAACGGAAAUUUCAUUUACUUAGCAGCGGUAGCAUCGAUAUUAAUUUUGGUGUUCAUUGCCUGGGAAAGAUAUUUUGCCGUGAUUCAUCCGCUCAGCUCUCGCGGACGAAUAAACGCUAAGAGACUCCGUCUGGUGGUGGCUGUCUCUUGGGUUGCUGCAUUCAGCCUGGAGCUGAUUCCGCUCUGGGUUGUUAAUUUUAACGAGGAGAAGAAAAUUUGCUUCUAUAACUGGUCUGAUACUCUUCGGAAAAUUGACGUGUUCAUCUGGUGCAUCGUCCUCGGUUUGGUGCCACUUGGAGUCGAGGCCUGCCUCUAUUCCCGGGUGGUUUAUCGCCUAUGGGGUGGAAACAUACAAACCGUAAAUAUUUCUGAGCGUUCCUUAAUGCUUCAGAGGAAGAAGUUGACCAAAGUUGUCCUUUCCAUUACUAUUGUAAACGUUAUCUUGUGUCUUCCACUCGACGUUUAUUUCUUUGUCGAAUGUUUCGCCGGUAAGUCUGUGGCUGUGGACACAGGCUCUUGGUCACCACUCUUCAAAUCAGUCGCCCACUUGAUGCUAGUUCUGAAUGCUGCGUGUAAUCCAGUGAUAUACGCAGCACAAGAUCGAAGCUUUAGACGAUAUAUUUGGCGCUUUUUGAAGAAGAUAUGCUGUUGGAAGAUACCUGCCAACAACUGAUUUUGAGCGGACAACCAACAAUUUCCUUUUAAGAAAGGAAAGGAUGGUGGAUAACUGUUGAGGACGAAAAGCGUUUUAUUUUGGGAAUGAAGUUCUUAGAGUGGCUUUUCAGAGCAAAAAAAAACUUAAUUACCACUGAGAUGA